AUGUCCACCGAAGUUUCCCAGUCACUGGCCGCAAUGGCAAGGCCGCAGAUUGGCAUCGACCGACUACCCGCCCGCCGCGUCUCCAACGAGCCCCGCGAGGCCAUGAACUGCAAGAGCUGUCGAAAGCGAAAGAUCAAGUGCAAUCGCACACGCCCGACCUGUGAAGCCUGUCAAGUGUUCAACUGCCCGUGUAUAUACGAUGCUGUUCCCAAGAAGAGAGGCCCCAAGACCGACGUUCUCGAGGCCCUCUUGAAACGUGUCGACGGCCUGGAAAAGCGCUUGGUUUCCGAAGGCAAGAGCGAUGACCCAACCGAGACCGACCCCACCUCCCAGGACAACACCACCUCAGCCGACGUCAAACGAAAAGAUCUCGCAUCCUCACAAUCGCCGCAUGCGUCCUCGCCCCGUCGCGCGAGUGGCACCAACCAUGCAAACCAGUUGAUGUCGCCCAUCGAGCCAAGUAUACAGUCCCCGACCCUGGCUCCCGACCUACUUCUGGACACCUAUUUCGCCAGGAUCCAUGGAAAGCCCUACUACAUCCUGGACGAGUCGACCACGAGACAGCGACUACAGGCCAAUCAGCUUCCCGGCCACUUAGCCUAUGCUAUUUACGCCGUGAGUGCCAGGUACGAUUCGCCCAUCCCUGAGCAUUCUUGA